AUGGCUACUAUGCCCGGCGACGCUGCAAAUACUCAAGUGCGAGUGAGACUAAUAACCAGAGACUCUGAUCUCGCCCUCGAAGAAACGGCGCCCAUUCUCGUUCCUACAUCCUUCCGCCGCUAUACACUUUCCACGCUUGUCAACAGCCUGCUCAAGCAAGAAAAACCAGUUCCACUCGAGUUCAUCAUCAAUGGGACAUACCUUCGAACCACCCUUGAAGAAUAUCUCACGAAUAACGGCCUUUCUGCAGAAACAACGCUUGCUGUCGAAUAUGUGCGAGCGAGAAUUCCGCCGCAAUAUGUUGCAUCGUUCGAACACGAUGACUGGGUCAGCGACAUCGACGUGAUGUCGGGCGAAUCUCCCCGAAUUCUCUCGGCCAGCUACGAUGGACUUUUAAGAGUGUGGAACACCUCAUCACGAGUUCUUGCUACGUCGCCGGGCGUGUCACAAGGUGGUCACGGCUCCUUCAUAACAUCCGCCAAAUUUAUAUCGCAGAAACAAGUGGUGUCGGCUGGGUUCGAUCGAACGCUAAGACUAUGGAAGUAUUCAGAAGAGCAAAAAGGGUUUUCGGCGACGUUGUCACCGCAAAUAGAGCUUUACGGUCACAAAUCGUCGGUGGAUUCUGUCUGUCCCCAUGAGGCGUCCGGGCGCUUGCUCUCGGCCUCUUCAGAUCACUCCGUUGGACUUUGGUCAACUAAAAAAGCCGAUGCGCCAGCAGCACCGGAAGCACUUGUGCCUCGUGCAAGAACCCAGGACGGUAAGAGGAGAAAAUUAAAUUCGGAGGUAUCCUUGGCGCAGAGAGGUCCCCUUGCAUUGAUGCAGCAACAUACGGGACCGGCUUCGGGAGCGAUCUUUGACCGCAAUGAUUCCACAGUCGGCUACUCCAGUUCCUGGGAUCAGACCGUGAGGACAUGGGAUUUGGUCACAGCGUCUCUUGUAGACACGAGGACCACCUCGGGUGCGCUGUUUUGCAUUGAGCACAUGCCCUCCCUUCACCUUAUUGCGGCAGGAUCUGUCAGCCGUGUCAUUAAACUGGUGGAUCCACGAGCGUCGGCCACGACGGUCGCUGCAAUGACUCUCAAAGGCCACAAGAAUUCGGUCGUCAGCCUCGCCCAAGAUCCUACCAACGACUAUACACUUGUCAGCGGGAGUCACGAUGGAACAUGCAGAGUUUGGGACGUCCGCAGCGCCCGACAAGAAAAAGAAGGCGCUGUCGGACAGAGCUUGUACAUGCUGCCCAGGGCGAGCCUGAAAGGCGGUCUGAAUUCAGCGGUCGGUGAUGGCAUCAAAGUCUUUGCCGUGUGUUGGCAUCGUGACGUGGGCAUUCUCAGCGGUGGUGAGGACAAAGCGGUGCAGAUCAACCGGAGCGACGACCAGACUUGA